UUAUUAUCUAGACUUUUAUCAACAUCGUCGUCUUCGUUCUUUCCAACUAAAUUCUCGUACGUUCCACCCCUCAAACCUAGUCUCUCCUUCACACACACACCGCUUCCCGAAACAAUGGCGGACGCCCAACAGUCACCUGCUCCCGCCGGCGAUACGAACCCUAUUGUUGCUUUCUUCUCCAACUUCCUCAAAAUCUUCAAUCUCCCCUUCCCUUUUCCUCCUCCUGCUCCCAAAACCGAGUCAGUUGACUCCUCUGUUGAUACUUCCAACGCCACCAAAGCCAGCCCUGUCUCCGGCGAAGUUGCGGCCCAGAAUAAGAAACCCUCAGUUGUCCGAUUCCCUCAACCUCCUCAGGAAGAGUCGUUCCCUUCUUUGAAAGUUGAAGGUGACGAGGUUCAAGAAACUAGCCCCUCCACUCUUUGGCAGGUUUAUGCACUUGGUGGUUUCUUGGUCUUGAGCUGGGCAUGGAAAAGAUGGAAUGAACGGAAAGGAAGCAAGAAGUCACCAGAAGAAGAUCCUCCUGCUCCUGAAUAGCUUGUUGAUUAGUGAUUACCCAUCCCAACUAUUAUGUAGAAAGUUAUGGAAACCACUUUCAAACGUAUUUGCUAUUAAAUUAUUUCUUUGGAGUUUGCGCUGUAAAGAAUGAAACGGAGAUCUAAUAGUUUAAAAGUCUUUAUUGCUUUCAACUUGCCAUCUGUGGCCCUGAUUUUGUCUCUUUUUUUUAAUUUAUUUUUUUACUUUCACUGCUUUGAUUUGAGCUUCACUUCAAUUCGCAUGCUGGCCUUUGAUUGUGUUCAAAGUGAAUCUGCGGCUUUUAUUUUUUAUUUUGUCCCAGUGGCGCGGUUCUCUGUUUCUUUACUGCAAUAAUACUCUUUAUUCCCGGAAGCACUCCUGUUCGGCAGUGAAGCUGCUUGAGUGGGAAGGGAGGGAUGGAAGAUUUGUAAAGUUGUCAUUACUGAUGGAGUUCAGAACAGGAAAGAUUGUGCAAUACUAUUUUACAGGUCA